AUGGCCGCCUUACUGGUGCCCGGGUUAUCUGAGAAUGUCCAUUUGCAUUUGGUAAUUGCUGGGCUACAUGGCUCUUCUAGAUUGGCUAAAUCAGUGUACAAAGACCCAGUCCGGACUUUAGUCGAGUUCACUACACAGUUUAAGAAAUACUUGGACCCGGAACAAAUGGAGGUUGAAAAUGCGGAGCCAAGGCAAUACCAAGGCCAAAAAGAAAAACUUGGAAACCGGAAGCAAAAUGAUUUCCGGGGUAAACGGCCAGAAGAGAAGAUUUCAACAAAGGGGAGAUUUGACAGAUAUGCGCCUCUGAACUCAUCCAGAUCACAAAUCUGGAGGGAGGUAGCAUCCACCGAAAUGAAGAGAGUAGAUAGGCCUCGGCCAUUGCCGAAUCCAACCGGGUUGGACCAAUCUCGGUACUGCGCAUUUCAUGAUGGCCCUGGUCACACCACUGAUGAAUGCUGGGAUCUCAGAGAUGCAAUUGAAAGGUAUAUCAGAGAGGGAAAGUUACGUCACUAUCUGAUAAGAACUCAAGGAUGGAAGACUAAGAAGAAGAGAAGAUGGGGUGUGGCCUAUGAGCUCGCCACGGGAAAAGAGAUUCAGAGAAGAAGGCCGAGCGGAGCUUUUGGUGGAGGAGGUGAUACCAUGAAUGCCAGGAGGAAAUACUCAAGAGAGGUGCUUUCAAUACGAGAGCGACCUAAGUUUAAAGAAAUUGAACUGGAGGCACCACUACUGUAUUUCACUAAAAAAGAAUUGGAGGAUGUAUUCCAGAAAAUGAACCUGGAUGAAGAGGAUUUGAAACCUUGCAACACGGCUUUGAUCGCGUUCAAUGGCCGUAACACUAUCCGUAAAGGUUACAUCGACCUGAGGCUUACUUUGGGAACAAAGGAGGCCUACAAGUCAGAAAGGAUAAGAUUCAUAGUAGCUGAUUUCCCUUCGGAAUAUAACGUGAUCCUGGGAAGCCAACUAUCCACGAUUGGGAUAUGCUCGUUUCCACCAAACAUCAGAAGCUCAAAAUGA